UAUAUAUUUUUUUUCUUGGUUCUCAUGAUCUGAUUAAUAAUACAACUUGCCAUUACUAUUAUACAUUACAAAAAAUCACCAUUGUCCAUAUUUGGCAUAACACUUCCUGUCUCAUAAAGGGUAUAUACUACUUUGGUUGAGAGAUAUUGUUCUUAAUCUAAAAUUUUCUCACAUAAGUUAUGAAAAUUCAAUGUGAUGUUUGUGAGAAAGCAGCAGCAACAGUGAUUUGUUGUGCUGAUGAAGCUGCUUUGUGUGCUAAAUGUGAUAUUGAAGUUCAUGCUGCAAACAAACUUGCAAGCAAGCACCAAAGGCUUCUUCUUCAAUCUCUCUCAAACAAGCUUCCUAGAUGUGACAUAUGCCAAGAUAAGCCAGCUUUCAUAUUUUGUGUUGAAGACAGGGCACUCUUCUGUCAAGAUUGUGAUGAACCGGUUCAUUCGGCCGGUAGUCUCUCGGCGAACCACCAGCGGCUCCUCGCUACCGGUAUCCGAGUGGCCAUGAGUUCUAAUUGCGCCGAAGACGACGAACAAACUCACAUAGAUCCACCUGAUAGAAAUACACAACAAGUUUCUCUUGAAACUCCUUCUCAACAAGUGCCUAACUUUACAUCCUCUUGGGUUGUUGAUGACUUAUUGGAGUUUGCAGAUUUUGAAUCCUCUGAUAAAAAGGAAUCAAUGCAAUUUGGAGAAAUGGAAUGGUUCACAAAUGAGAGUCUUUUUGGUGAAGAAUUUACUCAAGAAGCUAUGGCUGCAGCUGAAGUUCCUCAAGUUCCUCAACUUUCAGUAACUCAUGCUAGCAACAAUUUUUCAUCACAAAGAACCUCAAAGUCUCACAUGUCUAACAAAAAGCCUAGAAUUGAACUCAAACAAGAUGAUUAUUAUGAUGAUGAAGAUGAGUACUUCACUGUGCCUGAUCUUGGCUGAAGCAAUUCAUUUUGUGGGAAUAAUUUUGGAAAUUUGAUUAUUUUCUUCAAAAUCUUUUUUAAGAAAUUGUAAAGAAAAGUUAUUCUUCCAAAUUUAGUUAAAUCCAAACUUUAAAUUGUAUAUUCCUUCUUCUCUCUAAGUACAAUAAUUAUAAGAGUUGAAUGAAAUAUGUUUUUUUUUAUA